AUGCUCGAUGAUGACCUGCGCACACUUAGUGCCACCCAACUUCAGCACGAGAAACAGAGCACAGCGGUACAGUUGCUUCAUGUGCAGCAGGAGAUCAGCGACCUGGCUUAUGGGAAUUACAGGAUUUAUGCGGAUGCUGGAAGUACCACGGAACAAUGUCGAGCGCUGUUUGGCGAGGCGAGCGGCAUGGUCGAAGAUAUCGAGAAGGAAAUCGACGCUAUUCGGAAGUCGGCGAAGGAAUUUGGUGCGCGAAGCAGCGAGAUCUCACAGGAGCUUCAAUGCCUAAAGCUUGCCGAAAAUAAAGGAUCUCAGCUGUGGGAUAUUUUAAGUCUACCGACGCGCAUGGAUGUAUGUAUUCGAGCUGGCUACUACGACUUGGCUUAUUCGCUGACCAACUACGGAGCACAGCUACAAACUUACGGACUGACAAAAAAUCCAGUCAUCAAGGUUUCCUGA